CCUCAAAGAGCUUAGUUGGGGUAGGAUGUAAGGGAAGUUAAUGUAUAGGGUUUUGUUUGUAAUUUUCGUAGUUUGGUUGGAUAAUUUAUCCAUCCUGCCCUAAGAUUCUUUUCAAGCCUUGAAGGUGCAGGGAGAGAUCAGUGAAAAUGGUGAACACCAAGAAAACGAAGAAGACCCAUGAGUCCAUUAAUAAUAGGUUGGCUCUGGUUAUGAAGAGUGGGAAAUACACUCUUGGUUGCAAGACUGUACUUAAAUCUCUGAGGAAUUCCAAAGGGAAGCUGAUAAUUAUUUCAAAUAACUGUCCUCCCCUGAGGAAGUCCGAGAUUGAGUACUAUGCCAUGCUCUGCAAGGUUGGGGUGCAUCAUUUUAAUGGAAACAACGUGGAUUUGGGGACAGCAUGUGGAAAGUAUUACCGUGUUUCGUGCCUUAGCAUCACAGAUCCAGGGGAUUCUGAUAUCAUCAAAACUCUACCUGGGGAUCAGUAAGUUGAGCACAAUGCUGGAGAAAUUUCAGAAAUGGAUUGUAUAUUUUCUUUAGUGAUGUUGACGAAGAACAUAAAAAGUUAGUUUGAGUUUGGCUUAGGUGCUAGCCAUAUCUUGGAUUUCACCAAAAAUUUUGCAUGGUUAUCAAUGUGGAAGAUAUAAUAUUUUGUAAACCCUGUCAUGACCUUUGUUUCUUUUAUGGGUUGAAUUGGUUUUAGUGAGAAAUGCAGAGCUGUUCUUGAAUCCUUUGCAGUGAUUACCACAUAAAGAGUGGUAUUCCCUUGGAAUUGUAUACUAUAAAACUGCUUAUCUUUCAGAUAAGGUGACAGUUACCCCAAGCCCUUAGAUGGGAAUUUGGGUUGCUAAGGUGCAUUUUUUCUGCACAAUGCCUGUUAAAAUUUCCCUUGAAUUUUGAACAUGGUCAAUGGCACACCCUGGUUAUACCAUUUCACAUUUGAAGGUUAAA